AUGGCUUCCACAACCACCCACAAACUCAACACGGGCGCCACGAUCCCGGCCAUUGGGUUCGGGACAUGGCAGGAUAAGGACGCGCAGGAGGAUGCGGUUUUGACGGCUUUGAGGGCGGGGUAUAGACAUAUUGAUACGGCGAGGAUCUAUGGCACUGAGCCUGCCGUGGGCGAGGGGAUUAGGAAGAGUGGGGUGAAGAGGAGUGAGAUUUUUUUGGUGACGAAGCUUUGGAACAACUCGCAUGAGCCCAAGGAUGUUGAGCCUGCGCUCGAUGCGAGUUUGAACGAUUUGGGGACGGAUUAUGUUGACCUAUACUUGAUGCACUGGCCGAGCCCAUUCAAGGCGGGCGAGGACAAGUUUCCCAAGGACGACAAUGGCAAGGCGAUUCCUGGUACUGCCGACUAUGUUGACACGUACACGGCCAUGGAAGAAUGUCAGCGAAAGGGUAAGGCGAAGGCCAUCGGCGUGUCGAACUUCAGUCAGGGUGAGAUGGAACGCUUGUUGAAGGAGACGACCAUUGUUCCGGCUGCACAUCAACUCGAGCUGCACCCUUGGCUCCAGCAACCGAACUUCGACGCCUGGCACAAGGAGAAGGGCAUCCACCUUACUCAGUACUCUCCCUUUGGCAACCAGAAUGCGAUUUACUCCAAGGGACAGGACCUUGGUAAACUGAUGGAUGAGCCGGUCUUGGUGGAAAUCGGGAAGAAGUACAACAAGAGUGGUGCUCAAGUCGCGCUUGCGUGGGGGAUUGCGCAUGGGCGAUCUGUCAUACCCAAGUCGAAGACGGAAAAUCGCAUCAAGCAGAACUUGGAAGGUGAUUUCAAGCUUGACGCUGACGACGUCCAGAAGAUUGAUCAACUCGAUAAGAAAUUGAGAUUCAACAACCCAUCGGAGUCGUUUGGCUGGAAGUUCUACGCGGACCUCGACGGCGCCUAA